AUAUAUACAAAUGUCAGCGCAGACAAAACAAACGCGUAGCGUAGUCGGAUUCGAGGUGUCAGAUAUUGGAGGUCUUCGGAGAGUGUUUGCAAAACCAACGUUUAACAGUGACAAAUUUGCGAAAAAUGUAUCAAAAAGUGGAGAUGCGGCUACUAGGAAUAUGCUGGAAAAAGUUAACACUAUAUCCUCUGAAGCUGCCGGCAAGAUGAAACGUGCAGUUUUUGAAAAUUACAAACUGUUUAUUAAAGCUGGUAAAGCCGCUAGCCAAUUAGAAAAUACAAUGCAUCAAAUUCACAACGAAUUUACUGAAAAGCAACGUGUAAUGAAAGCUCUUACAGAGCUAUCUUUAUUUGGUGACAUUAUCACUGAUGUGUCUGCUUCAGAACGUGCUAUGUCCAUCUCACAGGUUGACGAAAAAGCUGAAAACUUACCCAGUAGUGAGUAUUCUGGAAUUUCGGCAACCCAACUGGCCGAACUGGUAGAGGGAGCUUCCGUUUUGGUCGGGGAUUCAAGCCGUCGCGUUAUAUUUGAUGGGGAUCUGCGCGAAUUAAGUAUGAGUGAUUUCACUUUUGUUUGCAUGGCUCGGGUUUUUGUAUUAACAGAUACUUUGGUUAUUGCAUAUCACAGUCAAUCUGCUUCCCCGUACCCAUAUCGUCUUCAAUCAACGUAUGAUUUGAACAACUUUGCUGUGGCUAAUUUUCCUCCUAUGGAUCGCCUUCAAACUCCAAACAAUGCGUUUAAACUAAUAGUUUUUCCUACUAAUCGUCUUUUUCAAACUGAAACGCCCAGUGACAAGAAACGUUGGCUAACAUUAUUAGAAGAAACGAUGCGUAAAUAUCGGAAUACUAAUUCGUAUGUUGCAUCAAAUUUAAAAUCCAAUCCCCCUAUUACUACGAAUUCUUAUGACGUUUUGGAUAACAAUUCUAUGAAGUUAACCAUGUUACCUCCAAAGAUAUCUGCUGAAGUUGUUGUUGCUGGUCAUAAAGCUUUAUCUUCCACUUUACCUGAUUGUGUAGACCUCUUAACACCUAUCGAUAAAUUGGACCUAUCUGCUAAAAAAAAUCCUUUUGAUGAUCCCCAUGAAACUGUUAAAUCUCCCACAGCAAAAGUUGGGAGUCAUAAAUCUCGACAUAAUUGGUUAUGGGAUGUACCAGAAGAUUUAGAUGUAGCAAUAUCUGAACGAAAUUUUCAACGUGCUACUAAUUUAAUUGUAAAAGCUAAGGAAUCAUUGAAUCAAAUACUGACUGAAGAUAUAUCAAAACCAUCUAUGGAUACAAAUAUACAAUCGUCUAAUUCUAGUACAUCAGGUCAAAUAUCUGAUACUGUUGAUCAUAGAUCUAAAACAGAUUGGGAGAAAUUAUCUAAGCGUAUUGAACGUAACGAACGAAAUCUUACAGAAUCUUUGCAAUAUGAACUAGUGUCAGCAGCUUGUAGACAUGGCGCUCCAAAAUCGGUGAAAGCAGCUGUUUCUCAAUUAGGUUUACUUGGUAAAGCAUCUCUUGCAGCUGAAUUAUUUCUAGUUUAUCGUUCACAAGUAAUGACAAAGUCAUUAACGCAUGGUGUACAUCAAGAAGGCAAUCAAUUAAUCUAUUUGAAUAAAUUAUCACUUACUUUCCAUCGUAAUUUAGCUGAAACAGCUGUUGAAUGGUGUCAAAGUGUAGUUAAACCGUUGGGUGAAAUUCUUGCCUCAAAAACUAAUGGUAUAUCACUACAACAAUUUGAAAAUAUCUGUUCUUUAAAAUUUUAUAGUUGGACAUUGGAGGAGACUGAGAAAUUCGGCCAACAACUUCGUGUCCUACUGAUCGAUAGUCAUGCAGUGUCAUUUUAUUCAAUGGCUUAUGCGGCUCAACGAAUUAAGGCACAUGCUGAUAAGCUUACAGAAUUACUGAGUGUUGAUAUUUCUUCUACUCUCAAUCGAAGCUUAUCACGUGCAUGGAAACGUGCCGCUGAUGAACAAUCUCGUUUACUUUGCGAAGCUGUUGAAAAUCGUGCAAAACAAGAAUCUUGGGAAACUUUAUCAAAUUUACCUAAAGGAGAACAAGAUAAAAUUAUUGCAGAUCUAAUGGAAUUUGGAAUACUCAACCAAUAUACCGCAGCUGAUUAUGGUUUGAAAUUAACAAUGAGUACAUAUUACCUUAUUCGGUCUCUACGACAAUUUAUUCAAAGCAUCCAUCUAUUAAAUUGUUCAGAGUUAGAUUUAACUUUAACAUCGUGUUUUGUACAAACAUUAAAUUCAGAACUGGAUUGUUUUGAACGUGUUUCACCUAUUGAUAUUUCUGAUCCGGCUAGACAAUCUAUCAUUAUAAUCAAUUUAGAAUUUUUAAUCAAGUCCAUUGUGCCCAAAUUUAGUCAUAUUUUAAAUUGUUCCGAAAAUUCAGCCAUCCAACAACUGGUCUCUAAUCUGAAAGCAUCACUUCAAAGUAUUAAAGGUUUAGAAGAAGAAGAAGAAGUGACGGUGAUGGCGACCGCGGCUGCGAAAACAUCAAAUGCUGUAGACGAAGAAGAUGUUAUAUAAACCGUUUUUUCUCGUUGAACAAGACGAUGGGAGGAAUUCUUUUCUUCUAUUUUAUUUUCUCUUUUAAAAAAAAAAUUAAACCCUUAUUUUGAUAUAAUGUUUUAAUACUUUAACAGCUGUUUAUUGUUUUAUUGAUAUUCUCAAUUUUAUUUAUUUGAAAUAAACAUUUGUUUCUCCAUAGUGAUAAUUAUAAUUGACACUCAAAAUCAUUGUUUCUGUGUAUUUUUUGAUUAAAUGUAUUAGAUGAUGACUACCUAGAGCAUGGUGGAAUUAUAUUGAUCACUGACUAGUAACCAGCUUCAUAUUUGUUUGGUCUUUUACUUCUGAUUGAUUCCUAUUAGUCUAGUCGGAAUGUGUCUACUACUCCAAGUAGUUCGACAUUGUGUGGACUAUAUAGAGUUGUUAUUUAGUUGGAAGAAGUUUAUAAAAAACGCUUGACGUACGUAUUGUACUAUUUGGCGCUUGUGGACAAGGCUUACUUGUAGUCUUCAGAGGUCUGAUGUUCUCUAUAGGGUUCCGAUUUGUAUUACCCAGCUUCACAUCUGAAAUCUAAAAUUAACAACAAGGGAUCAAUAUGUUAUAAACAAUGUGUAACAUUUUUUUCAAAUUUAUCAUAGUGAAACACAGUUAUAUAACACUUUUUGAAUAAAGAAAUAUAAGUUGUAAGAUAAUCAGUACUCAAUGAUUACAAUUCCU